CCCCCCCCACCGUGCCUCCGUUCCCCACCCCAGCUUGCCCUCUCCUCCGCCGUCUCUUCCUCCUCCCCUCCUCUCCUCUCCUCUUCACUCUGUGGAGCCUAGGCUCUUCGCACGGCGCACGCAUACGCACCUCACACCAAAACCACCGCUAAUUCUCACCCUCCCCAUCUCCUCGAUUCGAUCCGCCCCUCCAAAACCCCAAAUUCAGCCGCACAGCACAAAUCAAUUCCCCAUCGCCCCCGUGCCGCGAGCAAACCCUCGAAAUUUUGCUGCCUCCGAUCGAUCCCGUGGCCGGGUAGGGUUUGGGCGGUGGCGGCGGGCUGGGCCGGUGCUGCGCGUGCUCGUGAGGAUCGGUACGGGUGUUUGCGAGCUUGGUCUCCACCGCAUGCGGCGGAUUGGAGGCGGGGCGGCCAGUUAGGGUUAGAACCAUGGGGAGCACCGGCGAACCCGAUCGGAAGCGGCGGCUCUCUGGCUCCUUUGCGCAGGGUGUUGAUGCGGUGCCUCCUGCCAAGCGCCCAGCGCUUCCGCCUUCCUCCGACGACAAGAAGCUUGAUUUUGCUGUAAUUAAAUACAGAAACCAAAAGCUUUCAGAACAGCUAGAAGUCCAUAAGUCUGAGUACCAUGCCCUCGAGGGUAAAUUUGAUGAUCUCAAACAGAAACAGAAGUCUCACCAUGAGAUCCAAGAUCUUGUUAACAAGUCAUGGCAGCAUCUUGUGAGAGAUUUGAAGGCUAUCUCUGUUUGCAAAAGUGGAUCCCAAAAUUCUUCCUGCAGUGCAGUUCCUAGCAACGAGUCUACGGAUGGUGCAUGCAUCCGGAAAGACAAGGACUUCCUUAGCAGGCUCGUUGAGACAGGUGCCACAGAAAGUUCUGGUUGCCAUUUGGAAAACCACGUACACUCGUCAACUACUGAUGUGCUGCAGAAUAUCUUGUUCUCAUCAAAUGAUUCAUGGCAUGCAAACGAGAAGUUACCGUUAGAUCACUUUACUGCAUUACCCGAAGAUGAGCGCAUUAAGGAACUGCAAAGUACUGCUAGUGAGAUAUCACUAGAGCUUAAUGAUGCUGUACGAGCACUUGGUGAUCUCCACUUGAAGCACAGACAGCUGACAGAGAAGCACCAUGAAGAGAGAUAUUUAAAUGCUCGAAGCAAAGCUGAACAGAAACGCCUUAAAGUGGAGUUGGCAAGUGCUGCUGCUGAGUUGGAAGAAAGCAACCACAAAUUGGCAGUUCUCAAAGCACAGGGAGACACGACACAUGGAACUCCAAUCUUAUUUCCAACUUUAGGAAAUAAAAGCUUCCCUCAGGAUAAUGUCAGAGACAAACAAAAGGAAUUGCAGGAUCUAGGGGCUUCUCACAAGGAGUUUACGGGUCUGAUUUCACAACGCCUGGCGGAAAUAAGGAGACUUCAUGAAGAGAGAAUUGAAAUUUUGAACAAGUUGGCUACUUUUCAGAACAUUUUGACGGAUUUGAAGAGCAUUUCUUCUUCAAAAGCUUUCCAAGUUCUGAAGGAUCAACUCCAGAAGUCACAAGCAGAGUUGGACCACUGCCGGACACUAUUAGAGAAAUUACAGGUUAAUAAGGAUAAAUUGAUAUGGCAAGAAAGGGAAAUUAAUGUAAAAGUUGAUCUGUCUGGAAUUCCUCAUAGGGUAUCUCUCAAUUGUGAGUCAACCCUUGCAGUUUUAGAUCAGAAUCUACGGAAAGUAGUUGAUGAAAAGAAUAUGCUUGCACUGAAACUUGAAGAAUCUUCGAGAGAACCUGGUCGGAACCAAACCAUAUCAGAAUUUAAAGCGCUGGUGUCAUCACUGCCAGAAGAAAUGGGCGCUAUGCAAACUGAACUAUCUAAGUACAAGGAUGAUGCUUCAGAAUUGCAUUCUUUACGAGCUGAAGUUCGCUCCAUUUCUGAUAUUCUGGCUAGAAAUGAGCAUGCCAUCAACGAAUCAUUAUGUAAAUCCACUCGUGCUGGACCUGAAGCAAGGGAUCUACGGUCCAGGGUUCGUGAACUAAGGCAAACGAAUUGCGAGUUAAAGCUCUUUGUGGAAAUGUAUAAGCGCGAAUCUACUGAUUCAAGAGAUGUGCUGGAGUCGAAAGAUAGAGAAUACUGUGAAUGGGCUCGUGCCCAUAGCCUCAAAUCUUCUCUUGAUGAUAGUAGGCUAGAACAGCGUGUUAAGGCAGCCAUCGAAGCUGAAGCAACGUCUCAGCAGAGACUAGCAAGUGGUGAAGCUCAGAUUGCUGAAUUAAGGGGGAAGAUGGAGAGUGCCAGAAGAGAUAUUGGUAGUUUAUCUGAAUUAUUGAAAUCAAAGCAUGAAGAAGGUGAAGCGUACCUGUCAGAGAUUGAGAGUAUUGGGCAAGCAUAUGAAGAUAUACAAACACAAAAUCAACAAUUGCUACAGCAAAUUAUCGAGAGAGAUGACCACAAUACAAAGAUCUUUAUGGAAGGCGUUAAGGUGAAACAGGCACAGGAUACUUUGCAUUUAGAGUUAUGCAAUCUGAACAGGAAUUUACGGCAGGCAAAGGGUUUGAUGGAUCUGUACAAAGAUAAAAUCGCCCAGUUAGACGACAAGUUAAAAGUUUGGUCAGAGCAGACAGCGAGACUUUCGGAGGAUGGACGGCGACAUUCUGUUUCUUCAGGCAAUGCUCAAAGAAAGCUGGCGGAUGUAUUGGGAGAGGCUCAACAAUUGAGACAGUCCAUGGAUCAAGUACAAUCCAAUGUUGGGAGGAGUCGACUAGGAGUUGCUGGGCUUCUUGUAGAACUAGAGAAGGAUAGGUUUAGUAAGAGGAGAACUGAGGAUGAUUUGGAAUCGUUAUCAAGGAAAGCUAGUUCUCUUAGAGCAAAGACAGAGGGAUCGUCGGUGUUGGAAAAGGUUCAUCAGGAGGUGAAUGAGUACAGGGGAAUAUUGAAAUGUGGUGUCUGUCGCGACCGACAGAAAGAGGUCGUGAUUACCAAGUGCUACCAUCUUUUCUGCAACGACUGUAUACAGAAGUUGCUCAGAAACCGCCAGCGAAGGUGCCCUUCCUGUGCAUUAAGCUUUGGGGCUAAUGAUGUGAAGCCGAUUUAUAUAUGAUGCAGCGGUGGCAGCUGUCGUGGGUCAUCUAGGACAAGUGACUGAACGCCCCAUGUUUGGGGUUCUUGGUGGCAUGAUCCUUCAGUUGGAAAUUGUAGCUUAAAUUUCUGCAAGGCGGACCCAUAGCAUACGUUAGGCUGCCGGCACAAUGCCUGUGGCUUAUGCUAUGCAAGUGUGGCUUCCCGCUCCUUUGUAAAGUGUGGAAUUUUCUUGUUGAAAUAGCUGCUAGUCUUAGCUUGCAUAUACAAUGUGUUAUUUUGCUUGACAUAUCCAAGGAUGAGGAGUUUGUGACUCCGAAAACAUACCAUAGGUUGUAUUGACAUAUAUGGAUGGAUUGUAGUUCCUUUUGUUGUAGGUGAUGUUGAGUAUGUAGCUUUUGGCCGUUCGUUUCA